AGGGGGAGGGGAGGCGUUGGCGGCCGUUGGAGGGGUGCUGCCUGAAAGGGACCUCACCCGGGGAGGGGGCUCAAGGGACCCCCUCAAGUGGAGGAGGGAAGGUGUUUAGGAUGGCCAAAUAUGAACCUCAAGAAAGAAACUGCGAUAAUAUGGUAAAGAUGCUGGAGGACCUGAACAGGGACUUAGAAAAACUGCUGGAAGAAAUGGAGAAACUAUCAGUGCAGGCAACCUGGAUGGCUUACGAUAUGGUGGUAAUGCGUACAAACCCAGAUUUGGCCAGCUCUAUGAGACGACUCGAAGAUGCCUUCCUGAAUUGCAAAGAAGAGAUGGAGAAGAACUGGCAAGAAAUGCUGAAGGAAACUAAAGAUGAAGGAGAAAAAAAAGAAUAAACUGUUUUCAAACCUUCUGAAAGAAUUUCCUUCCCUGGAAGAUCAUUUUGGACUUGUUUUUUUUCAGUCAUGAAAGAUCCACAAAGGCCUUGGAAAACAGAUUGUCUUCCAGUUUAUUAAGAAAUACUGAUGUGGUUAUAUAUACAGAUAUGUUCUACGAAAUACAUGUAUUGUUAAAACCAAAAAGUAAUUAUGUAUUCUUUAGAUCUAUACCCAUUUUAUAUUUUGUAGUAUAGUUAUAGUUAUGUAGACUUGCACAGCUUAUUUUCCUUGCUUUAGGAUUCCAACCUAGUUUACAGAUUAUAGAUACACUUAUUAUUUUGGUCCGCAGAUCACCACUAAAGAGUAGGUGUGCCAGCAACAGACUUUAUGAGGAAAUUAUGAUUCUUCAAUUAAAAAAACAGUUGAAAUGCUAGGUAUGUAGAUUGAUCCAGUUUAGUUAGAUAUGGCAUUGUAGAUCAAAUGGACUAAUAGUCAAUUGCUAACUUAUAUUUUUGGUCUUGCACAUCCUUACUUAGUUCAUCUUGUUUAGGUAGGGUUUUUGUUUGGUUGGUUAGUUUUGUUGGGGUUGUUGGUUUUCGGUUGGGUUUUUUGGGGGGGGGGGCAGGGGCAGGUUGGCUUCUUUACCUUUUCUGAGAACUUUCUUCCAGAAAUCUUCCUUUCCUAUGGAAAAUAAAUUGUGUUUUU